UCGUGUCCCUGUCAAUUCUCAGAUAGGAUAUUGAUGCAGACUGAAUGGAAAGGCUUUACUGACACUGAAAUACUCAAAAUAAAAAAGUCAUCUGACAACAAAGUUACAAAUGGAAAUGAAAAAAUAAAAAUAUAUAAAGAGGCAUCCUUUGAAAAUAAAAUUAAAUCUAAUAGAGCAUUAGCAAAAUCUAGAUCAAAUUAUAAAGAUAUUUCAAAUAUUGAAUCAGAUUUAAAUCAAAAUUUUGCCACAUUGGAAAAUAAUGUACCUUCUUUAAAUAACACAAUUCAACCCAUAUUAGAUGUUAAUGCUACUAUAAAGGAAGAUAUUUUGCCAUCACAAGAAGAAAAUAAGGAAAAGGGAGAAAAGUCGCAGUUCGAAACUUUGGAGGAAUUUGAAAAUUAUAACCGGGAAAUUGAAAAGCAAAAUCGAGAAAAGAAAAAUAUUUUAUUGCAAGCCAUCUCUGAAAGAUCUAAAAAGUCGAAGGAUGAACAAAAACUCUUGUUAGAAUUGCGUAAACAGUUAAACGAAAUUGAUAAAAGUCUUUGUGUCGAUAUUUCGGGCCUCAGAAACGAGAUAGAAGAACAGAGUUUGGCCUAUAUGAAAGCCCAACAUAGAUUUGAAAAGGCUGAAAAGGAGUAUGUAUUGGCCAAAACGGAAUAUCACGAUUUUUCCCAGAAAAAAGAUACCUUGACGGAAAAAUUGUUCUUUACAAUACAACAAACCGAGAUGAGAAAAGCCAAAAAAUUAUCGGAACUUUUAGAAACCCUAGAUAUAGAUCAAAAAAUGACAUCUAAUUCGCAUUCGAUCGCUGACAAUGGCACCUCCUGAAUGAUAUAUAUAUAAGACCUUUAUAUUCAUAUUUUUUUUAAAAAAAAUUUUACGUUUAUAAAAAAAUUUUUAGUAAAACGGAAAACACAAAUUUUGCAUUUAUGACAUGAUUUUCAUGCAAAUGAUUUGGUUUAUUUCUUUUUUUGAAAUAUAUUUAAAUAAUUUUACCAUAUUAAUAUUUUGGGAUAAAUUAGCUCAUUUUAUGCAUUAUUAAAACUAUGUAAUUUUUUGUAUUGUAAAAUAAAAGACAAUAUUGGGUCAUAAUAUGUCACAAAUUUU